UUCCCCUGGCUCCAGCCGGCGCAAGCAGCGGCGGCGGUGGCAGCGGGCGAGGAUCUGCGGCCCCGCGAGGCCAUGAAGGUGAAGAAAGGCGGCGGCGGGACCGGGUCGGGGGCGGAGCCCGUUCCAGGGGCCUCGAACCGGAGCGCGGAGCCCACGCGGGAGCCUGGGGCGGAAGCUGAGUCCGGGUCCGAGUCGGAGCCGGAGCCAGGCCCGGGGCCCAGGCUGGGGCCGCUGCAGGGCAAGCAGCCCAUCGGGCCGGAGGAUGUGCUGGGGCUGCAGCGGAUCACGGGUGACUACCUGUGCUCCCCUGAGGAAAAUAUCUACAAGAUUGACUUCGUCAGGUUCAAGAUCCGUGACAUGGACUCAGGGACUGUCCUUUUUGAAAUCAAGAAGCCCCCUGUUUCGGAACGGUUGCCCAUCAACCGGCGGGACCUGGACCCCAAUGCAGGGCGCUUUGUUCGCUACCAGUUCACACCUGCCUUCCUCCGCCUAAGGCAGGUGGGAGCCACGGUGGAGUUCACAGUGGGAGACAAGCCGGUCAACAACUUCCGCAUGAUCGAGAGGCACUACUUUCGAAACCAGCUCCUCAAAAGCUUCGACUUCCACUUUGGCUUCUGCAUCCCCAGCAGCAAGAACACCUGUGAGCACAUCUAUGACUUCCCUCCUCUCUCCGAGGAGCUAAUUCUGAAGUCCCUACAGGGUCUGGCUCAGGGUCCUGACCUUUGCCCUGGAUGGGCCUCUCUUGCAGUCAGUGAGAUGAUUCGUCACCCGUAUGAGACCCAGUCUGACAGCUUCUACUUCGUGGAUGACCGGCUGGUGAUGCAUAACAAAGCAGACUAUUCCUACAGUGGGACACCCUGACCCCUAAUGCUGCCCCUGAGGCUCUGGCCUAGACCCUGUGCUGUAACCUCUCCGACAUCAUCUCCACUUGGGGAUGGAUCCGGUGGCUCUGGACCCUGAGUCAGUCUCGAGAGGAAAGGUGUCCAGCAUCCCUAGGCAAACCUCUGGAGCUAGUGGGAGGGGCAGCAGGGGGAGGCUGGCUGUCCCCAUGUUCAGGAAGGCCUCCUGCAAGAGGAGGACUCCUGGAUGCCUCGCUAGGUCCACUGGGCCUGAGUUUCAGAGUAGUGCCCCCUUCUUGACCGUGACUAGAUCAGGUUAGGGACCAUUUCCUGUCCCUUGCCCACCACCUCCAGGCUAUUUAUAGUUGUCGGUUCACAGACAAAGAUCCACAGUGGGUACCCUGCUCUGAGCCCUGGCCUCCUCCAUCAGGGGCCAAGAAACUACCCGAGGUGUGAGAGGGGCGGGUCCAGAUCGCAGCCUGUAAGACCUGGACAAACUGUAUAUAGUUUUCAAUAAACCUUUUCUGUUCUUGGGUGCGGCCA